AUUAAGGCGGUGGGUGUGGGGCGCCGGGGCUGAACCCGGACGCGGGCUAGCAGAGCUGGGGAAGGGGCGCCGCCCCGCCGCCCGAGUUUCCCCCCCUUUCCAGGGUGAGGAUGGUUUUGUACAACAACCUGGAGUUCUUUAGUUGAAAGGUGCGCUCUGUCGAGACAAGGCAUUUUGCUUUGCUGUCUUGUUACAGCAUGGACACCAAAUUGCUAAAAACGUGCUUUGGGACUGCCAGUGAAUUUAUCUUUUGUGGUUUUCCUACAAACUUAGUAGUUCCCUUUUUUUUGAGUUAAUGUUUUGGAGUUCAUAUCACAAUGAGUUCAGGCUUAUGGAGCCAAGAAAAAGUUACUUCACCCUACUGGGAAGAGCGGAUUUUUUAUUUGCUUCUUCAAGAAUGCAGUGUCACAGACAAACAAACACAGAAGCUCCUUAAAGUACCCAAGGGGAGUAUAGGACAGUAUAUCCAAGAUCGCUCGGUGGGGCACUCGAGGAUUCCGUCUGCAAAAGGCAAGAAAAAUCAGAUUGGAUUAAAAAUCCUCGAGCAACCACAUGCAGUUCUCUUUGUCGAUGAAAGAGAUGUUGUAGAAAUAAAUGAGAAAUUCACAGAGUUGCUUUUGGCCAUUACCAAUUGUGAAGAGAGGUUCAGCCUGUUUAAAAACAGAAACAGACUAAGUAAAGGCCUCCAGAUAGAUGUGGGCUGCCCCGUGAAAGUACAGCUGAGAUCCGGGGAAGAAAAAUUUCCUGGAGUUGUGCGCUUCAGAGGACCCUUAUUAGCAGAGAGGACAGUGUCGGGAAUAUUCUUUGGAGUAGAAUUACUGGAAGAAGGCCGUGGCCAAGGUUUCACUGACGGGAUAUAUCAAGGGAAGCAGCUCUUCCAGUGUGAUGAAGACUGUGGAGUAUUUGUGGCGUUGGACAAGCUGGAGACCCUAGAGGAGGAUGACCAUGGCCUGGAGAGCGAUUACGCAGGCCCAGGGGACACGGUGCAGAUGGAGCUCCCCCCGCUGCAGAUAAACUCCCGAGUUUCUUUGAAGCUCGGAGAGACGAUAGAGUCCGGCACAGUUAUAUUCUGUGAUGUCCUGCCUGGGAAGGAAAGCUUAGGAUAUUUUGUUGGCGUGGACAUGGAUAAUCCUAUUGGCAACUGGGAUGGAAGAUUUGAUGGGGUGCAGCUUUGUAGUUUUGCAAGUGUUGAAAGUACAAUUCUCUUGCAUAUCAAUGAUAUCCUCCCAGAGAACGUGACACAGGAAAGGAGGCCUCCCAAACUUGCCUUUAUGUCAAGAGGCGUUGCGGACAAAGGUUCAUCCAGUCAUAAUAAACCAAAGGCUACAGGACCUACCUCAGACCCUGGAAAUAGGAACAGAUCUGAAUUAUUUUAUGCCCUAAAUGGAUCUUCUGUUGACUCACAACCACAAUCCAAAUCAAAAAACACAUGGUACAUUGAUGAAGUUGCUGAAGACCCUGCGAAAUCGCUUACUGAGAUAUCUUCAGACUUUGGCCAUGCCUCACCACCACUGCAGCCUCCGUCGAUGAACUCAUUAUCCACCGAGAACAGAUUUCACUCUUUACCAUUCAGUCUGACCAAGAUGCCCAAUACCAAUGGAAGUAUUGGCCACAGUCCACUUUCUCUGUCAGUUCAGUCCGUGAUGGGAGAGCUAAACAACGCACCUGUGCAGGAGAGCCCGCCCUUGGCCAUGGCUUCUGGGAACUGCCAUGGUCUGGAAGUGGGCUCGCUGGCUGAAGUUAAAGAGAAUCCUCCUUUCUAUGGGGUGAUCCGUUGGAUCGGUCAGCCGCCAGGACUCAAUGAAGUGCUAGCUGGGCUGGAACUGGAGGACGAAUGUGCGGGCUGUACAGAUGGCACCUUCAGGGGCACGCGGUACUUCACCUGUGCCCUGAAGAAGGCGCUCUUUGUGAAGCUGAAGAGCUGCAGGCCAGACUCGAGAUUCGCUUCCCUGCAGCCGGUUUCCAAUCAGAUCGAGCGCUGCAAUUCGUUAGCAUUUGGAGGCUACUUGAGUGAAGUGGUGGAAGAAAAUACCCCACCCAAGAUGGAAAAAGAAGGUUUAGAGAUAAUGAUUGGAAAGAAGAAGGGCAUCCAGGGUCAUUACAAUUCUUGUUACUUAGACUCGACCUUAUUCUGCUUGUUUGCUUUUAGUUCUGUCCUGGAUACUGUAUUACUUAGACCUAAAGAAAAGAAUGAUGUGGAAUAUUAUAGUGAAACGCAGGAGCUACUGAGGACAGAAAUUGUGAAUCCCCUGAGAAUAUACGGAUACGUGUGUGCAACAAAGAUUAUGAAACUGAGGAAAAUACUUGAAAAAGUUGAGGCUGCAUCAGGAUUUACCUCUGAAGAAAAAGAUCCUGAAGAAUUCUUGAAUAUCCUAUUUCAUCAUAUUUUAAGGGUAGAACCGUUGUUAAAAAUAAGAUCAGCAGGUCAAAAAGUCCAAGAUUGUUACUUCUAUCAAAUUUUUAUGGAGAAAAAUGAGAAAGUUGGAGUUCCUACAAUUCAGCAAUUGUUAGAAUGGUCUUUUAUCAACAGUAACCUGAAGUUUGCAGAGGCACCAUCGUGUCUCAUUAUUCAGAUGCCUCGAUUUGGAAAAGACUUUAAACUGUUUAAAAAAAUUUUUCCUUCUCUAGAAUUAAAUAUAACGGAUUUACUUGAAGACACCCCCAGACAGUGCCGGAUCUGCGGGGGGCUGGCCAUGUACGAGUGUAGAGAGUGUUAUGACGAUCCCGACAUCUCAGCUGGAAACAUCAAGCAGUUUUGUAAAACCUGCAACACCCAAGUCCACCUGCAUCCCAAGAGACUGAACCACAAAUAUAACCCGGUGUCACUUCCCAAAGACUUGCCCGACUGGGACUGGAGGCACGGCUGCAUCCCCUGCCAGAAGAUGGAAUUGUUUGCCGUCCUCUGCAUAGAAACAAGCCACUAUGUCGCCUUCGUGAAGUACGGGAAGGACGACUCUGCCUGGCUCUUCUUUGACAGCAUGGCCGACCGCGAUGGUGGUCAGAACGGCUUCAACAUUCCUCAGGUUACCCCAUGCCCGGAAGUGGGAGAGUACUUGAAGAUGUCUCCGGAAGACCUGCACUCCUUGGACUCCAGAAGAAUCCAAGGCUGCGCGCGGAGGCUUCUCUGUGACGCAUACAUGUGCAUGUACCAGAGUCCAACGAUGAGUUUGUACAAAUGAGUGGGGGUCACCUGGGCAGGGGCGGAAACCGAAUGCAAGAUUUUCCUGUUGCAUUUUACCUGAGCUGGCGGUUUUGUUCCGCGUCCGUUGCCGGCAAUGGACGUGUUUGUGGUGACGAUCCUUCAGCAAAGGAUUCCUGUGUUUAAAAAAACAAAUUGCUUUUGUGUUCCUGAAGUAUUUAAUAAGAAGCAUUUUGCACUCUAGAAGGUAUGUUUGUGUUGGUUUUUUAAGAAGUCUCAAUGAAGUUGUUAAUACCUGAAGCUUUAAGUUAAGUGCAUUGAUCAUAUGAUAUUUUUGGAAGCAUAAAAUUUUAAUUGUGACAGUUUCAAACCUCUUUUAGUCCAUUGAGAAUGUAAAUAAAUGUGUCUUCUUCUUUAUGGACCAAGGAUAUGAAAUCAUUUUUCCUUUUAGCUAACAGUUGCCUUGAGGAAGAACUAUUUUGGUUUUAUUAAGAGUCUCCUUUCGAUCCAGUUACUAAAAUCGUACUUGAGUUUGAUUUGUUAAUUCUUUCCUAGAUAGUUCCUGCAUGUCAGUGAUCUGCCGAGUUUCCGUGUUUCUGCAGUAGUGGUCAGAAAAGUGCUUCAGUUCCAUUAACGGUGUUGUUUUCUAUUUGUUCUGGUUUGGAGAUAUCUAAGUGAUCUCGUCACAAAACGUCUGUUUUUGGUGUAAUUUUCCUGGGGGAUUAGAAUAUACAGCUACCGAAGCUCUUCAUUCGUAGUUGUAACUGUCAGCUAAGGGGCUUUCGGGGUUUUGUUUUGUUUUGUUUUGUUUUUCUGGGUUUUUUUGGUCUUGUUAAGGCUCUCUAUUUUAUGGAACAGGGUACAAUGCAUCUUAUCAAAGGAUUGGGGUGAUAAAUAUAGCUCUACACAAAUAUAUGGUCCAUCAGAAAAUAAAUUUGAAUCUAGACUACUCAUUAAAACCUCCCUGAAGAGAAGUAUUGGCUGCCUCGACCUCUCCUGUUCUAAGACCGUCCAGAACUUUGGUGAGACCGGCCAGUCUGCUCACUAAACACGGUUUGAUUCGCAGGAGAUGAUGGCAGUUACGAUGUUUGAUGGAAACGUUAGCAGCAGCCUCAUCCUCCUUCCGAUUAUGGAGAAGAUGGGUGUUUUCCCAGCCGAUGUCCCCAGCGUGUGUCUAGACCCCAGUGGAGUGUAACCGUGUUGCCGUGGAAGGUGCCGUGCUCUGUGUUUUCCCUGAGUGGUGUUUUGUGGCACCAUGUCCUUCUGGAAAGACUCCCUGACUGUGCAGAGAGACUGAGAAGCUGUCGUGUGUAUGUAACACAGGACUUUAUAAAACAUUCAGUGUCAAAGAGUAGUGGAAAGCGUCUUUAUAAACCCUGCAAUUACUGUUUUGUUUUUUUUUAAAGUCUCGUUUACCUUUGGUUCUAUCAUUCCGUUUUGCUAGUAUUCAUUUGCCUUAUAAAUUGUAGUAAGGCACAACAGCGCUCUCGUCCCGUAAGUUUUUUAAUUUUUGAAAUGAGAAAGUACCUACAUUCUGCAUGCAGUUUUACUAAAUGCUUGGGCGGGGUGGGGAGUCGGGCACUGGAUCAGGGGUUUGGGGGUGAGGAGCCCAGGCUGCAGGGCUGGCUCUGCUCCUGCCCCAUCCCCCCACCCCAGGGUACUAAGGGAGGGGCUGGGGUGCACGUUUUGUAGGCUCUGAUCUUCUGUAAAUCCAGUCACCCCUGAGUAAAUAGGUGCCGAGUGAAUAAAUGGCUGAAUGAGCUUAUCAAUGUGAUUUUUUUAAAGGGUUAUCUGAAGGAAUGACCAGGAAUCUCUAUCUAGUAAGACUGGAUCUAGGUAAGACUGGAUCUAACAGUUUAAAGAAGAGAAAGUUCCUUUUCUGUAAAAAUUAAAAGGCAAGGUCAAGAAGGUGUGUCCCGCCCAGCCUCUUGUGGCAGAGGACUUGAAGAAGACCCACCUGGGGUUCCCCGUCUCCUCCGUACCCCAUCCUGAAUGGAGGCUCUUUCCAGGGGGCAGGGCCACAUCCAUAAAUUAUUUCUAAGGACAUUUCCUUCAAGUAGAACUUUAAGUCUUUUUAGUGUUACCCGGGGGGAGGGAGGGGGGAGAGCCGUAGUGCUCCCUGCGGAGGGCUGGGCCCUGCCCCUGGUCCUAGACGGCUCCGCUGGGUGCCCCUCCUUGUCCCUGCCCCAGGAUGGCCCGUGUGGUAGGUGGGCACCAGCAGGGCGUGGCUGUGUGGCACCUGCAGCUUGUGCACCUGCUGUUUAUUUACACUUUAGCCCUAAAUUUCCUUUAAUAUUUUUCCUGUUGGCUUUUUAAAUGCUUUGGUGAUCCCUUUUUCCAUAUCAUAUCUAAAAUCAAGAUGGCAAUAUAGUAGAAUUAUUUAUAACAUGGUUUAUGAUUCAUCGCUACAAAUAGAAAAUAUAACAAGUCCUGUGCCCUGACCUCCAACUAAAUUCACACUUGUGUGUGUGUGUGUGUGUGUGUGUGUGUAAGUAUAUAUAUGAGGGGCAGUGGGGAGAGAGGGAGAGAGAGGAACCGUGGAGUGAUGUAGAGGCAAAUGUAUUUAGUCCCUCGCAAUCAGCUUUAUAAAGGAGUUACAGUGUGACUCCAUCCUGAAAGAAUGUUUUAGAAGACUGAGAAAACAUACUGAAAACCAAGAGAAACAGUAACAAAACUCAGUGACAUAGAGUUGUAACCAUUGCUGAGAAUUACCUCCUUAGAAUAGUGUAGGAUCUAUAACCAAAUGUUAUAGGUAAUGGCUAUAGGUAUGGCUAUAGGCAUGGUAAUGUUAUAGGUAAAUGGCUUCUUUCUGUCCCUUGGAUUCAUUUAUUUUUUCACCUAACACAUAUUUCAGGAACAAGGGGAAGACAUAGUAAUUAAUCUCAUGCAAUUUGUGUUGUCAUUCAAAGUCCUGUGGUUUGAACUUGGUGUCUUCAUUUUAAGUUCAGGCUUUACUCCCCUCCUCGGGGGGAUCUGGACACCCAGCUGGAUAAUCCUGCACCUGCUCUGGUGACGGUAGACAGAGAUAGGAGCGACGGGACAUUUAUUACCUAGGACUGUGUCCGAAGGAAUAGGAGGCGUGGUCCCUGCCUUCAAACAGCCUCACACCUGCUUCUGACGACAGAAUACCUACAAAUGGUUGCUUAAGGGGUGACAGGGCUCGCAGAAAGCUCUGGGACACAGUAACAGAAAAAGUGACGGGCCGGGACACCAGAGGCCGGGUUCCACCCCUUUCUCUGGCACUGGCCCUGCUAGCCCGAGAUGACUUCUUGACUUCUUUGGACCUUAGCAUCCUCUGUAUCACAAGGGGGUUGGAACAUUGAAUUUCAUGGG